AUUUGACACGAGCAUCCCUUGUCAAAAGUAGCAGAUGGUGGAAGAAAGACUGUGAAGUUAAUAUUAGACAAGGGGAUUCUUUUCUACAUUUAUAAAACGAAACAUCUCAAGCAUCUUUCACACCGGAUGUGCGGUCGGUAAUCUGGCGCUUUUCUACCCAUAUCUCAUCGGGCUUUUGCUCCAACAACCAGUUUGUUGCCAGGUUUUUGUCUCUUAUUCUAACUGAACUGGUAGGUACGAGCGCUCCUGUGCUCCUAGUGUGUCGUCGAGACUGUAAAACAAUCUGCCUGGAGAGAUCUGUCCCAGCUCUGCACUCGCCUUAGGCAGCUCAAAAAUUGAAUCUCCUCAACCUCUUAGUGUAUUAGAUUACUGCGCUUCCAGCUGUUUCAAUGUAAAAAAUAUAAAAAUAGAACUGCUCUUAAUAUGCUCUCAAAAUCAAAAUAAAUAAAUUACAUUCAAAAUUCUAAACGUGUUAAAAAAUUCAUGUUCGUAUCUUGUCCUUAGACUCUUCACUUUUUGCGUAAUGACUUUUAACUCAACUACUUUUCGAUCACCUAAACGACUAGUCUAUAACUGUUUUGUCAAAUGUCAUCCCUCUCAAAACCAUCAGUGAUCUACGUCUAUGUCAACUGUCUACUGUCAGAUUUCGCAUUAACUACACUUCAUUCACAUAAUGUGGAACAUGCUUAAAUUUCUAUUCCAAAUUCUUACUAGCACAGAAAUGACCAGUAGAAUGAUAAAAUAACCCGACAAAAUGACAAGAAAUUAUCUGAUCAUUCAUUGUCCGAUAGUGAUCAAUGAUUCAACAAAAAUCCUAUUUAUUCGGAACGUUAUUCCAUAUCUAUCGAACACAUUAUAGCUAACUGCAAUUUGUUGAACGGAUGUCCUUGAAACAAUUGUCAGAUAAAAGUACCUCUCCAAUUUUAGAUUCAAUGAAAUGUUUAGGAAAUCCCUGGGGCAAGGCAUGCGACUGUUAGAAAGCAUUGAGCCAAGCCAACGCUGUUAUACGCCGCGCCUUACCAGAAAACCGUCGAAUGAGCUCAGGUAUUUUCGGAAAUUAUCAAAAAUCAUGGGCUGUUCAUCAUCUACAUUUCAAAUAAAUAAACCUACUAUCACGCAUACACGGGUUUAUCGAUUUUAGAAGCUUAAAAGAUGUGUUCAUCCAUUAGCAGUCAAAUAGAUGACUUUGUGGAAGGUGUGGUGUGCCAAGUCACCGAUUUAAAUGAAAAUGAACCUAAGACCUUUGACCUAGAUGAGAAAAAGGUGUUGCUUAUAAAGCAAAAUGGUAAGAUAAGUGCCUUAGGAACAAAAUGUACUCAUUAUGGCGCCCCAUUGGCUAGCAGUGCUGUUGGUGAUGGUAGGUUAAGAUGCCAGUGGCAUGGAGCUUGUUUCAACAUCGCUACAGGAGAUAUUGAAGAUUUCCCAGGGCUAGAUUCAUUACCUUGCUAUCAGGUUACCAUUGAAGACAAUAAUGUAAAGGUGCGUGCCAGGAAAUCUGAAUUAGAAUCCAAUAAGAGGAUAAGAAACAUGGUUUCAAGGAAUAAAUGUGAUACUCAACAUAUAGUUGUAAUUGGUGGGGGACCAUCAGGAGCUAUUUGUGUUGAGACAUUGAGACAAGAAGGUUUUUGUGGACAGAUUACUUUGGUGUGUGCAGAGAAAUAUCUUCCUUAUGAUAGGAUAAAGGUGACUAAAGUAAUGGACAUGCCUAUUGAGAAACUCCAGUUUCGUGAUCCCGAUUUUUACCAAAAAUAUGAUAUCAAAGUACUGACAAACACUAAAGCCACAGGAGUAGAUAUUGAAAAUAGAAAAGUAUCUCUUAGUAAUGGAUGUCCCCUAAAUUAUGAUAAAUUGUAUAUAGCCACAGGUGCUAAGCCUAGAAAAUUGAACAUUCCUGGUGCUGAUCUGAAAAAUGUUAUUGUUUUGAGGGAAUAUGACGAUGCAGCGUAUACACAGUCUCAGCUCUCUGACCAAAAAGAAGUUGCAAUCCUAGGCAGCAGUUUCAUCGCAAUGGAAGCCGCCUGUUUUCUGUCAAGCAAAGUGAAGAAAGUGACAGUUGUCCUUAGAGAAGACGUACCAUUCAAAGCAUCUUUAGGACCUGAAAUUGGUUCUGCUUUCAAGAAGGUUUUCGAAGAGAAAGGUGUUCAUUUUGCCAUCAACAGUGGGAUGAAGAGCAUUAUCGGUGAUGACUGUGGGAACGUGAAAGAAGUUGAGUUGAAUGAUGGUACAAUAAUCAAGGCGGACCUAGUGAUAAUGGGCGUAGGUAGUACUUUCAAUACAGACUUUUUGAAAGACUCAGGCCUACAAAUGCUCAAUGACGGUACCAUCGAAGUAGAUCAGUACUUACAAACCAACAAGGAGAAUAUUUUUGUUGGAGGAGAUAUUGCAUAUGCCCCAGUUUGGUGUAGGCAUAACAAGAAAGCAUCUAUUGGACAUUUUGGACUAGCCCAUUAUCAUGGCAAAAUUGCUGCACUCAAUAUGUUGGGCAAACAGAAGGAACUGCAAACAGUACCUUUCUUUUGGACAGUGCUGUAUGGAAAAUCUGUGAGGUAUGCAGGACAUGGUCUCUACGACGAAAUCCUCUACUCAGGCAACGUAGACGAACUGAAAUUUGCCGCCUACUAUCUCAAAGGAGACGAGGUGGUAGCAAUUAGUUCAUGUCAAAUGGACCCCAUUGUAUCCGAGUAUGCGGAACGAUUGGCACAGGGUAAACAGUUGUACAGGGAUGAUAUUAAAGCAGAUAUGAUGGCGUGGAGACAACGAAAAUAGAAUGAAAAGGUCGACCAAGAUUAAUAUUUUUAUAUUUAUUCAGUGUUAUUGAAUAUCCAUUUUAUUAUCAGCACAAUCUUAGCUGCACGACGCCAGCAUGAAGCGUCAAGUAGUUGAGUUUAAUACAAGAAAUAUGUAUUAACAAAGCUGUUUAAAGCACUAAAAUGAAAAAUUAUGUAGUUUAAAAAUUUUGUAUUUAUUGUGAUACUCCAGAAAGGUGUUAAGGGUGUACGUAUAUGGGCUUAACAUUACAAUUUAUAUCUGAUAAAUGCAUUAAAAAAUCUAAUUUAAUGCGCGUGUCAAUCACGUCUACUUUAAAAUUUCAAAAUGAGGCAAACAAAACGUCACUUUGUUUAAAAAAAGAUUUAUCUAUCUAUUCGGAUUUUUACAUUGAAGGAGAUUCAAAGCAACUCUUUCGCCAAUGAUGUCCAUUUAAAAAAUAAAUUUGGCAACUGUUUUAACUAGACACACUAUGGAUAUAAGUGUAGAUUAACGUAUCCCACCAGUAGCCUGGUAAGCAAACACACAAUGUUCCCAAAACUUUGCAAAAAUUCUAUAAUAUAAUGGAUGAAAAUUUGGAUUUUGGUAACUGAAAUAGUUUUCUUUUGCAUAACGAAAAAGUUUCGGCUCCUGUGGUUGGUACUGAAGAAAUUUUGAAAAUCUUUUUGAUUUUUUUCUUAUGGUCCUGUAAAUAUACAGGGUGAUUCAAAAGUCGUGUUUUUUUUAUUUUCAUGAAAACAAUGCACUCCAGGAAAAAACUCAAGAGUAAUUAUUUGUAGCAAAUUGAAGGUAAAAUUCGAAAAAUUGCGCGAUUGGAAAAAUAACAGUGGCGUACUAUUUUUAUUUGGACAAAUAAAGCCGCUAAUCCCCUGUAUCUCCGCCACUGGUGCGCGUUAAUUUUAAGUAAAGACUUUCGAAUAUGGACAGUACUUAGAUAAAUCCACUUAGCAAAUUUUAGUUUAUUCCAGUUAACGAUUUCAAAGAUAUUACAAAAAUUGUUUUUAUUUUUGAACUUUAAUGAAGCCCUAGAGGAAAAAAUGUUACAUAGAAGACCUCCCUUAAAAUGCGGUCCUGUGUAUAAUGUUUCAUUUUUGGUCACGACGUGUGAAUCGUAUAUAGAAAAAAAUUACCUUUAGUUGGUUAAAUAAUGCAUAGAAAAUUUGCUUGAAAAUAAUUACUGUAUAUGGCCUAAAAUAGCGCUUAACUUCAAUUUCUACAAAACUAUUUAAUCAAGAUUAUGUAUAAUAUUAACAGGAUCGUAACAAAAAAAUCAAAAAUCGAAAAGUUUCUCAAACAUUUUUCAGUUCCAACCGUACGAUCCGAAACUUUUUGUCAUGCUAAAGAGUAAUAAUCUAAAUCUAAAUUUGCAUCCACUCUAAAAUUUUUGUUUGGUCAAAAGUGUUCUUUACUUGACUACAGGUGGAACAUGUUAGUCAAUGAUGUAUAAGUUCUUUGUGAAACAAUUAUCCAGGUAACAUCUAUACUCACUAGUAUAGUAAAAAUGUAUAAAAGCAUUGAAAAUAGACAUCUAAAUUCAAUGUACUUGUGUAUUUUUUUAAAAGCUGACAAUUUUUAUAUUGAAAUCCAGUAUUACAUUUUGAGCUUAGACUUAGAUCUCUUUUUUGAUAAAUUCUAUAUUGAUUUUAUAAUUGCUAAUAAAGUUUUAUGCACUGUUGAUUAUGUUUUCUUCAUUCAGAUAGAACAAAUUGAGACUCCGUUGUUCUGACCGAAUCAAACUGCAUAUGUGUUUCAAUUUCUGUUUAUUGUACGAUGUUUCGGUCAUCAGUGUAACCUUCUUCAUGUUCAAAUGAUUUCAAUAUAUUUUGUCAUUUAUAUUUGAUAAAGACUAUGGUAGUGAUCGAAACAUUGUAUAAUAAACAAAUUUAAUGAUAAUUGAGGUUUGAUUUUCAGUAGUUAGAUUAGAUAUAAUUGUGCAGGUCAAAUAACGUGCUUUUAUUUUUAAUCCGUGAUCGAAACAUUGUAUAAUAAACAAAUUUAAUGAUAAUUGAGGUUUGAUUUUCAGUAGUUAGAUUAGAUAUAAUUGUGCAGGUCAAAUAACGUGCUUUUAUUUUUAAU